AUGGCUUCCCAAGCAAAUGGAGGCCAGCCGAGUGAGGCCACGGAUGGGAUGAGGAAAGAGACUACCAAGGACGAUGGUAGCAAGGGGAACAGCGCGAACGAAGGUCAAGAUGCGCCGGCCGAGGAAAAGAAGCCGCAUCGGCUGGUAGCCCUCAUCACCAAGUUGGGCCUUGAUGCGCCGACUCUCACCACCAUGUUCAAGGGCUCUUUGCCUCCGAUAAUAGGCAUCGCCAUGUUGCAGUCACGCCCUGUCGCGGCCUAUUUCACCACGUUGGGCUACCUCAUCCCCGUCAUCAGCGUGUUUGCCAUGCCCAUUAUGCCGCGGGGCAAGUUCUUGAUGAACCUCUUUCUCAACGUCCUAGCCGUGUGUGUUGGCUCGGCAGUGUCCAUGCUGGCGCUCUGGUCCGCUGUCCAAGCUCGUCACAACACCGCGUCGAUGGGGUCUCAGCCUGUUGCGGCACCCUCGUACAACUCAAGCCAGUCAGCUGUCUGUGCCGUCUGGUUGUUUGCCAACAUCUGGAUCGUCAACGUUAUACGCGCCAAGUUGCCCGCCUUCAACCUCCCCGUCAUCACCUACAGCAUCCUGGUCAACGUCUCGGCAACCUUCGGUCCUAUGAUACCAACCACUGCCGCCGCGCAGGCUUUUGUCCAGCAGCUGAUGACCGCCAUGCUAACUGCCCUCGCUUUGGCCUUGUGCGUGAACCUGCUGGUGUUCCCCGUCAGCAGCAGGCUAGUGAUCUUCAAAGAGCUCGCAGGCGGCAUCGGCCUCCUCAGAAGCUUGAUCUCGCUCCAGAAAAAGUACCUUGCGAGUCUGAAACCGGACGCCACAUUUGAUGCUGCGAUGCAAACCGAAGUAUUCCUAGGCAAAGGAGACGGCACGGCUCACAAAAAGGAGGACGAACCGAAGCUGAGCAAGGAGGCCGAGGCAGCGAAGGCGCUGGAGGAGACGGGAGCCAAGAUGAGGGAGCUCGCAGGCAAGAUGCAUGCUGACUUGCCUUUUGCGAAGCGUGAUAUCGCAUGGGGGAAGCUGAACGCCAAAGACAUAAGCGAGCUGGUCAAGCUGUUCCGCAAUGUUUAUGUUCCUGUGCUUGGGAUGAACACCAUUAUUGACAUCUUCAAGCGUUUUUCUGAGCGCCCAGACUGGGACAGCGCCGAAGGCGCCCCCGAUGAGAAGGAGGUAGAGAAGCAUGUUUGGAACGAGGUCAUGAAACAAGUACAAGAGCCCUUUGAUAUCCUCUCCGAGGCGGUUGACCAGGGCCUCCUGCAUGCCGCAUUAUGCCUGGAACUGGUCCCAAGGCCCAAAAAGAAGCCCAGCAAACCGGGAAAGUCAGGAUCCAGUUCUUCCGACAUCGACCUCGAAGCAGGGCAGGAACCAAAGCCUGGUGAUUCUGGUUUUGCUCUGGUCCUCGACGCCAAGGUCCAGGCCUUCUACUCGAGGAAGGGGGAGUUGUUGAAGAAAUGGGUUCAAGAGAGGGGCAUCAACCUCGACGAAGAAUCAACCGACCCGUCCCACUUCAGGAGCGAACGAGACCAGGUGCAGCUCUACAUUAUCCUCUACAUGGAGAACCUCAUGCACGCCGCGGGCGAGGCCGUUCAGGAUCUCGUCGACUUUGCCGACGAAAAGGUCGAAAAUGGCACCAUGUCCAAGAAACGCUUCAUCGCGCCCACGAUCCACCGCCUGCACAAAUGGUUCAAGGCCGUCUUCAGCAACGAGGACUCGUCCCCGGAUCAAACACCCGAUGUCAUGGAGACAGGCGCCAACCUCGUCAAUUUUGGAAACGCGUACAAUCGCAAGAAGGACCCCGAGCAUCUGCCCCCCGAGACAGCUUGGGAGCACUUUGGCAAUGGCCUGCGGAAGCUCACCAAGUUCUUUGGCUCUGAAGAGUCCGCAUUCGGCUUCCGGGUUGCGUGUGCCACAAUGACGAUUGGGGUCAUAGCCUUUUUAGAGAACACCCAGCGGUUUUUCAUGGAGCAGAGGCUCGUAUGGGCUAUGAUCAUUAUAGCAAUCGGAAUGACGAUGACUUCUGGCCAGUCCGUCUUCGGCUUUCUUUGCAGAGUCGGGGGCACGGUUAUCGCCAUGUGCCUCUCGCUCAUCAUCUGGUACAUUGUGAAUGAGCAGAUACCUGGCGUGAUCGUCUUCCUGUGGCUUUCCAUCUGCAUCAACUACUACUUCUUUCUCAAGUUUCCACGGUUCCUCCCCGCCGUCUUGAUGUCUAUUGUCACACAGGUCCUCAUCAUAGGCUACGAGCUCCAAGUGCUCACCAUUGGCAAGGAAGCUUCGGAGCGAACAGGCCAGCCAUUCUAUCCAACAUAUCUUCUAGCACCAUACCGUGUCGCCUGCGUGGCAGCCGGCUGCUUGGUUGCCUUCUUCUGGACGGUUUUCCCCUCGCCGCUGACAGAUCGAACUUGGCUACGUCGCGACCUAUCCGCGACCCUCUACCUGUUGGCCAAUUACUUCGGCGUGAUCAGCACCACGCUCAGAUCGAAUGUCCAUGGCACCGCAGGCGACGUCAACACCACGGGGACGCCAGCCCACCAACUCUUCAAGGUCGGCCGCAAGAUCUUCGGCAAGGUCAUGAUGUUGAUCCCCUCCAUGUCGCAGCACUCGGAGUGGCAGAAGUGGGAGCCCACCAUCGGCGGCAGGUUCCCACGCGAAGCCUACGACAACAUCAUCAUGCGGAGCACCCGCAUCAUGGCCUACCUCACCCUGACAAGCUACACCAUAAUGCACCCCACCCGCGUGCGCCGGAGCGACAGGGUCGGCGGCGAGCACGACGAGCGACGCCCCCGGCGCUCCCACAUGCGCGGCGGCUCCCAGUCCCUCCACUCGCGCUCGCGCCGCCCGUCGGCGUCGACCACCAACCGCGAAUGGAUGGGCGCGCUGGCCGACGUGCUCGACAUCCUCAAGCCGACCCACCACACCAUCCUCUCGACCAUGACGCUCCUGUCCAACGCCCUCCUCUCGGGCCAGAGCCUGCCCCCUUUCCUGCCCCUCCCGCGGCCCUACGAGAUGACCCGCCAGCUGAUGCGCAUGCGCCAGGCCGCUGCCGCUGCCGCGGUGCCGGCUAUUACAAUCGAAGACGAUGCUGGCGAUGGCGCCCCCAUCAGAAUGGUCGACUCCCACACCGGGCUGGACGACUUCAUCAGUCAGAACAAGAACCGGCUCGGGGACGCCCGGCGGGACCACGCCGUGGCCAACAUACUGGAUCCGCGGAACGUGGAGCAGCCUGGGUAUGCCGAGUUUGCGGUGCUCCAGGUCUGCACGACGUUGGUGUGUGAUGAUCUGGAGGGGUUGGUGCGCGCCGUCAGUGGGCUGGUCGGCGUGGUGGAUUUCAGCUUCAGCUUCAGUGGGAGUGAGUCGACUUUGGAUCUGGGGAGGGCGGCGAGGAAAAAGAAGGUUCAUUAG